AUGUCAAUCACGCACGAGAGUGCCAGUGACUCUUCCCCACCCAGCAUGGGCGACAAGGAAAAGGACCUCGGUGGGGUGCGACUCGAGGCCGUCCAAACCGGCGGCCAUGUGGUCGACGCUGUGGAGCUGGAACGCAACUUCAGUUUCCUUUCCACGCUCGGGCUUGCUUUUUCACUCCUGAACUCCUGGACUGCCAUUGCCGAGAUCUGCCACGUCUUCCCCCUCUCGGGUGGGCAGUACGACUUUGUGUAUUGCACUGCGCCACCGCGCUUUAGGGUUGGUCUUUCGUUCUUCACCGGCUGGAUGGCCUGCGCAGGAUGGACGACACUACUCGGUGCCGGCUGCUCGUUAGGUUCAAGCUUUUUCACCGCGCUCAUUUCGUUCUGGCAUCCGGACUAUGAGCCCGCGACAUGGCAUGUUUUCAUGUUCUACGUCGCAGUUAUCGUGGGCCAGUUCCUUCUCAACGUGUUUGGAGUGCGCGCUUUGCCGCAUCUCGACAGGUUUGGUGCUUUCUGGAGCAUCGCGGGUAUUGUCACCAUUAUCGUCACUCUCCUGGCAUGUUCCUCUGGGCGAUAUCAGUCAGCUAAAGACGUGUUUGGGACUCUGACCAACUUGACUGGUUGGCCUGAUGGCAUGGCAUUCAUCCUUGGCCUGCUUCAGAGCACCCUCGGCUUCACGGCAUUCGAUGCGGCCUCGCAUAUGGUCGAGGAGAUGCCGAACCCUUCUCGCAACGCACCACUAGUGAUGAUCCUCGCUGUUGCCAUGGGUGCUGUCACCUCGUGGAUCUUCAUGGUGGUCCUCCUCUUCUGCCUCGCAGACUUUGACGCUGUCAUUGCAGCUGCAAACGGCCCAUUGCUCGAGAUCUACUACCAGUCAACGCGAAGCAUGGUGGGGUCCACCUGCCUGAUGAUGUUCAACCUCACCGCUAUGAUGAUCUGCGUCGGCGCUGCCGGUACGGUGUCGUCUCGUAUGAUUAUGAGCUUUUCGCGCGACCGUGGCUUUGGCCAUGUGUCCCGUUUCCUAAGCCCCGUCCACGCCCGCCUCAAGGUGCCCGUGUACUGCCUCGUGUUCUGCGGCGGCUGGGGAAUUGUCUUCGGCCUGUUAUACCUCGGCUCGUCCGUCGCGUUCAACGCCAUCCUUGCUGUUGCGAUCCUCCUGCUGCAGAUCAGCUAUAUAACACCGAUUAUCAUCGUCUUCAUUCGAGGCGAAAAGGCCUUUGCAGGGCACAGCCGCACCUAUUCCCUUGGGCGGUGGCGUCGCGUGGUCAAUGGACUUGCCAUCGCUUUCGCGGUCAUGACGUCGGUCAUCUUCGUCUUUCCGCCAGCGAUCCCGGUCACCUCUGGCUCAAGCAUGAACUACGCCAUUGUGGCAUUUGCCGUCGUGCUUAUCAUGUGCGGCGUCACCUGGCUGGUCGACGGUCGUAAGAACUUUACCGGCCCGCGUGACCUCGAAGAGCGUCUGCAGAUGGGCAAGAAUGCCUAA